AUGAAAACUCUACACAGGGCUUGGAUUGUGGAUGUUCCAUGGAUCGCGAGCAAUGUAAAGAAUGCGUCUGCGUCUUCAGCUCUGCAGAUUGAAGAUUGUGAAGCUCAUAUAAACUGUCCUAAAUGCUGUUACCACAUCGACAACAAAAAUGUACUGACUCCAUGGCCAGGCCUUCCUAAAGGUGUGAAGUUUGAGCCAACUGAUGAGGAAGUCAUCGAGCAUUUGGAAGCCAAGUGUGGGAUUGAUGGCUUGAAACCACAUGUUUUUAUCCAAGACUUUAUCUGUUCAUCAGUGAAUGAUAUCAAUUACACUCACCCUAAAAACCUUCCAGGUGUGUCUAAGGAUGGAAGUAGUUCCUUCUUCUUUAACAAGACGGAGCAGGCAUAUCCAAAGGGGCAGAGAAAGAGGAGACGGAUCACACCGUCUGGUCAAAAGGAUGAAACGGUUCGUUGGCGCAAGACUGGUAAAACCAAACCGGUCAAGCUCAAUGGAGUCCAGAGAGGCUCCAAGAAGUUCAUGGUGCUGUACAAGAGCGCGAAGAAGGGAUUAAAACAGGAGAAAUAUAACUGGGUUAUGCACCAGUACCACUUGGGAACAGAAGAAGAGGAGAUUGGAGAAUAUGUUGUUUCUAAGAUCAUGUAUCAGAAACAAACGAAAUUCGAGAAAACUACCACUUCUACACCACCAAAAUUACCUACGAUUUCUGUUUCUGAGGAUGGAAUAGCUUAUGAUGAUGAUACUGAGAUGGUUCUUGAUGCACUUGUUCAGGGACUGGAGAACAUUCCAGAAGCUUCUUUUAGUUCGACCUCAGAAGAAAGAACUCAACGAGUUGAAGCUCAAUUGUCCUUUAUGGAGAAGAAACCUAAUUACUGGGAUUUUGGCAUAUGGUCUGAAAACAAUUUAGUGCCAGAUUUGGAGGACGCAGAUUUAGGGACUCUCCCUGAUUUCCUUACCUUUGCUUCGGAGGACAGUUUAUUGAAUUGGCUAGAUUGA